AUGGACGCUGUUGCUGAAGUGAUAGCAAACUAUCGUCAAGACUUGGAAGAAGCCGCGGAGGUUCUUCGCCGUCGUGGUCAAGAGUUCUCAGAAGCCGCGCCAAAAAUGAUCGAGGACACAAGGAACGAAAUCGAACCUCAAACACAAGAAAUAAUAAAUGCCGUCCAGGAUACAAGCGAUGUAGCACCUGCAGAGAAACCAAUCAUAGAGGUAUUUGCCUGGUCGACAGUGAUGGUUCUAUUUGCUAACAUAGGUAUCUUCUUCGGGGUGCAUUUCCUGGGACCAUUUGUCUCUUUCGUCGUCGGCAGGUUCGGUGCCGCUCUGGUGGCUUUCAUUGGCUUACCGUUCUAUGUUCAUUAUACAAUCAAGAAGGUAUGUUAUAUUUGCCAGUUUUCACUAUAG